GUGACUUGUCUUCGGUCGAAGUGAGCUUCAAAUCACAGCCCAUGGUCUAUCUUAUGAUAUAGAUUCCUUAUGCUAAUCAACGAGUGUAAUUCUGUUCUGUAUGACCUGUAAGUAGAUCUAGCAGGAACCUCUCUUCAUAUUUAGUUCACAUCAUCCGUUAACAAUUAUAAUCGGUAUUCGCAAAUAUUACUAUGGGCAUUGCUUAGCGCGCCCAGAGUAUCAACUCAGCCACAAAGUGUUCCUCGCUGAACUGUAGAAUUGUGCACUCACUAUACAUUAUUUCCGAGUAAUUGAAUUGUCAAGUCACAUAUUUCCGACAGCAAACGGUCGUCGAGGUUUGAACCCCAGUCUACAGAGUAGAUGUCCGAGCUACCCUCCUGCCCACGACGCCUCGUUGAUGAGGUGGAUUAGUCUGUUAUUGGAAUAACUGGAUUACUUUCGUGUGUGUAUGUGGUUAUCUCAUCGGUCAGCAAAUAGCGCUGUUUUCUUCAUCAUCGUCAUGUCGUUUUCUGGACGGAUUUUCACUUGGAUUUUAUUUACCUUCUUGACGGCAGGCUAAAACAACAACAACAACAACAACAACCUCA